UUUAUGCUGAUCAUUUUGGGUUGAAUCGAUGCAGUUUCGCUAUCUUGUCGUAUCGCAAUCUUUGCUAACUGUCAGUGAAAAUUAGAUUUUUUUUGUGCGAAGGAAAGAAUUGUUAUCUGUUCUUUGGAAAUUCGACGUUGGAUUUUAGAUGAAAACUAUCGGACAAUACAGCCCAAGUAGCGGUGCCAUCAAUCUGCAACAUCUCAAGUGAGGAAGAAUCAUAGAAGGAAGGAGAAAACAUCUUCGUACCUGGAAUAAUAUUACGGCAAGCGUGUGGUUUUUUCUCAGAUAAAUGAGUCCCAACCAGGUACGGGAUGUCAUCAAAGGACUAUAGAAGAAAAACAGCCAAGAAGCUCAGUAGCAUCUUUCAUCACAACAAACGAUAUUACAGAUCAAAAUAAACACCUGAUUUGUACAGAACAAAAGUAAUAGUUGCAGGAUAAAUUAUAAUUUGAAGGGGAGCUUAACCAAAUAUGUCCGUCGAUACCGGAGGAAAGCCGUUCGAAAGUGAUGUGCGUGACAAUGGAAUUCGAAAUACUGAAAAGGAUUGCCAGCUCAAUGUUCAUACCGUCAAACGAUUGUACAAAUGCACUGAAUGCGGAAAAGAUUUCAACUUUCAAAUAAAUCUUAAUCGGCAUAUGUACCUUCACACUGGGAAGAGUCCGUUUAAAUGCACUGUAUGCGGAAAAAGCUUUGUUUCCAACAGUAUCUUAAUCACACACAUGACUACACACACGGGCGAUUAUAAACAUGUGUGUGAUGUAUGUGGCAAAGGAUUUGUGCACAGAUCGCGUUUUAAUGACCACAAAUACAGCCAUACUGGAGAGCGACCUUACAAGUGCACGGUAUGCAAAAAAGAUUUUGAAUCCAAACCGAAUUUCGACGUACAUAUGCUGAUUCACACAGGAGAUCGUCCGCACAAAUGCACUGUAUGUGGUAAAAGUUUUGCACUUAAAUAUCGUUUGACUGUACACAAAUCCACACAUACGGGUAAUUAUAAGUAUACGUGUGACGUGUGCGGCAAAGGAUUCGUGCGAAGUUCACGCUUGAUAGACCACAAACACAGUCAUACCGGAGAGCAGCCUUACAAAUGCACGGUAUGCGAAAAAGAUUUUAAAACUAAACCGAAUUUGAACAGACAUAUGCUGAUUCACACAGGAGAUCGUCCGUACAAAUGCACUGAAUGUGGUAAAAGUUUUGCACAUAAAUAUCGCCUGACUGCACACAAAUCUACACACACGGGCGAUUAUAAGUAUAUUUGUGACGUGUGCGGCAAAGGAUUCGUGAACAGUUCACGCUUGACAGAUCACAAGUUCAACCAUACGAAAGAGCGGCCAUAUCAAUGCACGAUAUGCGAAAAAGAUUUUACCACUCAGAGUCUCCUAACCAAACACAUGAUGCUUCACACGGGUGCUCGACAUCAAUGUGAAGUGUGCGGCAAUAAAUACCGUAGUAAAUUUUAUUUGAAAUUGCACAAACGCAUUCAUUCAUCUGAUCCGUUACCAAUGGAAACAACAGAUCACGAUAGUGACAUUCUAGUAAAACAGGAAAAUAUAAUAACAAUUGAACCAACGAAACUCGAUGACAAUGACAAGGUAAAUAAACAAGCUUGUACCAAUGGCUACUGCGAUGCAAUUGAUACACAACCAAACUCACACGAUCCUGUUAGCAGCAAUGAAAUUUAUCUAGAUGAUAAAGUAUCCUGUCAGCUAUAAGAUGUUAUGCCAGAGAUGGAACACAAGUAUCAGAUUUGUGAUGAAUACUUUGCUAACAAAGAUGAUCUCCAUGAGCAUGCCUCAGUUCAUGAAAGCGAGCGACCAUUUAGUUGUGAUAUUUGCGGGCAAAGUUAUGAAUUUAAGGAUCACCUAACCAAGCAUAUAACCGAGCAUAAUGAGGAAAAAACGUUCUCCUGUCCUAGUGAUUGCAAAUGUGAUGUGUGUAACCAGAGAUGGCAUUUCACCAGAGUGAUACACGCUAGAGUCAGAUUUUUGCCACACCGAGGAUGCAAAACACGAAGCACCGCACAAAGAAGAAAGCGCACUUCUUCUCAGUGUCGAAUAGACAGCAUUUGAGUGUGUGCUUGUGGUUAAAGCAGCUGGCGCGAGUGAAACACAUUCUCUUCGCAUGAAUCGCUCACACGCGCUCUCGUCUAAAUACACCCAAGUGACCACUGGCGCGUGAUGGUGAGCGAACACUUCUGUGAACUUCAAUUAAUAGAGAGUAGAUCUGGCCUUGCUAUGAAAAAUUUGCAAGGAAAACCGAAAAUUUUACGAUAAAUUGUUUUAUUUGCUGAUUUUGCGUGUCCACGCUUCAUCUACGAAAACCAUACAGCAGAGUGCUCACCGGCGUGUACACCUCUGUGAAAGUAUCUGCAUUCACCUCAGAGAAUUUAUUAGCUAAUGCUCUAGCACUUUGGUGCGAUUCAGUGGAAGAGGUAAAAGGAAAUAAACAAACGCACUCAUGAUGCGUGCACACUUUACACAACAGUGGUGUAUAAAUGUGAAAGAGAAGAGCUCUCGUUGAAGUUGUCAGUGCGAGGGGAGAAAUUUUGCUUGCUCUUCGUCACACAGAGGAGAUAGACAUCUCUGUGUGUAGCAAAGAAUUUCGUGACAAGCGAACAUUGAAGUUCCACAACAAUAUUCAUACCGGAGAGCGGCCGUACAAAUGCACUGUAUGCGGAAAAAACUUUGUUACCAAAAGUGUCCUAAGCAUACACAU